AAAAGGGAAAAGCCCGCGGACAAGCCCGCGUCGGCCUGGUUUUUUCCUUUCUUCACAUCUCUCGCUAAGUGUAGAGCGACGAGGGCGGCGCCGUUGGACGAGCGACAGAGCAAAAGAUCCGUGCCAGAAUCUGCUAAUUUCUGGGUUGAAUUCGUGGAGAGUGAACCAUCAAGAUAUCAGCUUGCCUUUGGUUGUCAAGACAGUCACUGAAGCUGUUUUUUUAAGAAUUCUGGUGCUUUUGCAAGAGAUGGAGUAUGUUAGCCCCGAAGGACUCCGCAUUGAUGGUCGGCGGCCCAUGGAAAUGAGGAAACUUCAAGCAGAGAUUGGGGUUGUCGCCAAGGCUGACGGUUCUGCUGUUUUCGAGAUGGGCAACACCAAAGUCAUUGCUGCUGUUUAUGGUCCGAGAGAGGUGCAAAACAGGAGCCAACAACUGAAUGAUCAGGCUCUGGUACGCUGUGAGUACAGCAUGGCUAAUUUUAGUACUGGAGAUCGAAUGAGAAAACCUAAGGGUGACAGACGGUCAACAGAGAUAUCUCUUGUCAUUCGACAGACAAUGGAAGCAUGUAUAUUGACUCAGCUUAUGCCUCGUUCUCAGAUAGAUAUAUAUGUCCAAGUUCUUCAAGCAGAUGGAGGAACUCGGUCUGCGUGCAUCAAUGCUGCCACUUUGGCCCUUGCCGAUGCUGGGAUCCCAAUGCGCGAUUUUGUUACAUCAUGCAGUGCUGGAUAUCUGAAUAGCACACCACUCCUUGAUUUGAAUUAUGUGGAAGAUAGUGCAGGAGGCCCUGAUGUUACAAUUGGAAUUCUACCAAAACUCGACAAAGUUACUCUUCUGCAGAUGGAUGCUAAAUUACCUCUCGAUCUCUUUGAAAAUGUCAUGCAACUUGCAGCAGAAGGCUGCAAAGCAAUUGCAGAAUACAUUCGAGAAGUUUUGAGUGAGAAUACCAAACAACUAGAGUUCCGGCGGGGUGUGUAGCGUUUUAAGUCGAUGAUUGUUGCACUUCUGGGCAAAGGUUUUGGAUGUAAAAUUUGGAUUUGAUGCCUUGGAAAAGGCAGGAUGCGAAAAAGGAAAAGAAACUCUCUCCCCUUUCAUUGCGUAAUCCCUUGCAUUAAAGGGCUACUUCUUAUGCCCAUGUUAUUGGAGUCAAGAGUGCAACAACCCUUGUCCUUCAGUUGCUGUGCCUAUGUUAUUGGAGUCAGAAUGCAACAUCUCUUCUCCUUCGAUUGA